AUGAAGCUCAUUGUAGCUGGUGCAACCGGUCUGGUGGGCACGGAGAUCAUCAGGCAAUGCCUGGAAAUCAGCGAGAUCACCCAGGUUACCGCACUAGCUCGGAAGCCCGUCCAUGUUGAAGAUGGAACAGACCCGAGAUCGAAGCUCAAGAGUGUGGUGAUUCGUGACUACGGGGAAUAUUCCGCCGAUGUGAAGGCUGAGUUCGCCGGAGCGGACGCCUGCAUAACAGGCAGCUUUGACUUUGCGGAGGUCAAGCGCGUGUGUCAAGACUGUACUCUCGCGGGAUUCAAGGCCAUGUACGAGGCCGGUCCCGCAAAACCCUUCCGUUUCAUCUACUUCAGCGCGGAUGGCACACCCAGAGAUCCGACCAAAAAGCCAGCUAUCAUGGGUGACUAUCAAGUAAUGCGCUGCGAAACAGAGCUCAUGGUCAUCAAAUUUCCUGCACAGUACCCGGGGGUCGAGAUCUGUAUUGCUCAACCCGGAGUGGUAGUAAAUUCCACUUCCUUUGGGAGAUCUGUAUUGGCCUCGGCGUUCCGUGUCGUCAACAGUUUCACGCGCGCAAUCCCAAAUAUUCAUCGACAGGAGCUUUCGGCGGCAGUUCUGGACCUAGCUGUGAAGGGAUUCGACCAGGAAACGGUUAAGAAUAACGAUCUAGUUCGUCGUGGACAGGAAGUGCUGAAACAGAAGGGGGAAUCUAAGCGUUAA